ACAAUACAGUGCAGCACAGUUAAGCUGAGUAGGCUGUUAAUUAGCAGUAACAAGGCUUUAUAGUCAGUCGGCAUUUGUUGAGCAUUAAGUACAAAACGUAGCAGUAAAUAAAUAAAUAUAUUCAUAAUCAGGCCGAGUAGAAUGUCUGAGCAAGCCCUCAACGAGUCCUUUGAGAGCGGCAUUGAGCGUUUAACUGAGGACGAAAGCAUGCUCAAGGUGUUAGACUUGAGCCAGCUGCAGCGUCAACACAGCAUUGUCUUUGCCAGCGCCCAAAAGCAUGUGGCCGAGCUGGAGCAUCUGCUGCUCAAUGUAAGCUCCGGCUGGGUCAAGCAGUUAAGCAAGCCUGCUGCUUUGCAACCUGCUCCGUCUGGCCCUACCACGCCGCAGGCCUAUCGCUUCAAGGACAUUUACGAGCAGCGCAAGCGGCAGCAGCAGCAAAAGUGUCUCGAGCAAGAGCGUGCUCAGCGCGAAUUCCACAGUCGUCCCAUGCCCAAUUUUCGACAAGUGCAUCAGCAGCUACUCACCAAGCAAGUGGCACAUCAGUUCACGUGCCCCAUUACGCCAAAUGUCCUAAAGAAAUCCUUGCAGCUGCAGUGCAAGCGUCGCGAGCAGAUCGAGCAGCAGCAACAGGCACAACAGUCAGAGCAGAAGUCGCGUCCCCAGCCCAAAUCUGCGCGCAUGGCUGCUGCUUUGCUACCAUUGCAGCCCAGCAAUGCGCCCAUGCGGCACCUGGAGGUGAAACCCUUUCGUUUUUCUACUGAACUGCGUGCUGAGCAGCGAAAACUCUUCAAUGUGAAGGCUCAGCAGCUGCUGGAGCAGCGUCGAUGCGACCUGGACCAGCAACGUAAGCGCGCCGAGGAGGAGGAAUACCAAAAGCAACGCCAGCUGUCCAACUUCAAAGCGCGCCCCAAUCCCUUUAAGAAUCAAUUCCAAGCAGUUGCUUCAGCUCAUGUGUUUUAUGGCGUUUAUUGA